GCCAUCAUGGCACUGCAUAUGAUAACGUAAGUAACACACACUAAACCCCUCCUUCACCAGCCAUGCAGUUUCCGUUAUCACAAAAAAAACACCACCAGUGAGACCCACAGAGGAAGAGGGAGAGAGGAAGAGAGCAAUACAGCUGCUGAAGUAGAGCCACUGAACUGAAGACCUGGUCGAAGACAGACAUGCUAUUAGACAUUGAGGCAGAGUGAGCGAGUGACCUUACAUUGCAAUCGUUUCCCUUAAAGGAGGACCCGAAUACCCACAGUUGAGCUUUCCGUUAAUCGUGGUCUUUUUAGCCCAACUGCUUUCUUAUCUCAUCAAAACAUCCAUUCCCCUUUCAUGGCGAAUUUUGGGCAAGCCUGGCAAGUUUAAAGGACCAUUUUUGGAUUAUGAAUGACAAGAAAACAUGGAUGACCCCACACUCAUAUUCAACAUUCUAGAUGGGUUGUCUGAAUCAGACUUUAAAAGGUUCAAAUCAUACCUCAGUAAACCAAUCCCGGGGGGCUUCACACCGAUUCCAUGGAGCAAACUUGAGAAGGCAGACGUCACUGAUGUGGAGCGUCUCAUGAACAACCAUUAUGGAGACACAGAGGGCAGCAUGGAGAUGACGAGGCAUAUCAUGAGCAUCCUUUACCCACCAGGGAAGAGCUCACAAGAUGUGUCUGCUGCAUCCAAUGGGAGAUCUGGUGAUGGCCAGGAGGGGGAUAAGAAAGAAGAAGAGAAGGAAGAGGAGGAGGUGGAAAAGGAAGAUGACGACAACAUCAUUGGCAUCACCCAUGUAGCCAACGCCACGAAGAUGCCAGUGAGGGUGUACUUCAGUGAAGAGAUCAUUGAGACCGUAUUGGUCACCAGCUCAGACACAUGGUGGCCAUGGCAAGACAAAAAAGUCCUUUUCAGACCCAACUCUUGCGACCCCUACUUAUGCGUUCCGGCAAAGACAUACGAGAUGCUUUUAAAAAGAGGACCCUUUUACGUCAGCAUCUUUUUAGAGAGCAGCAGUGCCAGUGGUGAAUGUGCAAAGACUAUCGCCGAGAAUGUUUGCAUCCCUAACAACAGGUCCUUCAUUAUUACAAAAAGACACACGUUUGAGAUGCAGAAGUUUGGAGCCAGCAUUUGGAAGGACGAGCAGGGUAAAAACCAUACCCCCUGAACAGAGUUAAGUAGUGUGUAGC